AUGGAGAUUUACUAUUCAUUCAAAGUCGCAACCUUUAUUUCGGAUCGGAAUCUUCAAACCCUAAAGAGAGUGCAAAAACUUUCUAGGCCACAAUUACACAUCCGUCCCCACCAUCAGCUGGAUUCAUUUCCCCUCGGGCCCACGACCCAUACUUUGGGGGAUUAUCUUUUCAAUAAAGAAGCAGGUCGAGAUAUGGGUGCCCAAACGAAGCCCAAAGGGAAGUCUAAGAAAGCUUGUGCCAAGACCCAAAGAGCAGCCUCAAGUAGUCCGUCGUUCACAGAAGCCCAAACCCAAUUUUCAAACCCAUGUCCAUCCAAGUAUCCCAUCAACAGACCCAACCCACAAGACCUAAACUACGAGUCAUGA